AUGUUCUUUGAUGGAGCUGUAAAUGCAAAGGGUGUUGGGAUUGGGGAAAUUUUGAUUUCGCCCAUGGGUCAGCACUAUCCGGCUACAACCCGGCUUUGGUUCUUCUGUACAAAUAACACAGCUGAAUAUGAAGAUUGCAUCAUGGGCAUGAACAUGGCAAUUGAUAUGGAUGUAGAAGAAUUAUUAAUCAUGGGAGAUUCUGAUUUGAUCAUUCGGUAUAUUCCUCGAUUCCACAAUGAGUUAGCUGAUGCACUAGCUACCUUGGCUGCAAUGCUGACGUAUCCGAGCAACGUCCAUAUUGACCCGUUAGAGAUUCAAAUCCGAGAAAGACAUGGUUAUUGCAAUAUAGUUGAAGUAGAACCAAAUGACCAGCCAUGGUAUCAUGAUAUUAAAAGGUUCUUGAAAACAAAGGAAUACCCUGAGCAGGCCAAUGGAGACCAAAAAAGAACCAUCAGAAGGCUUGCCAGCAGUUUCUUCUUAAGCGGAGAAGUGUUGUAUAAGAGAACUCCAGAUCUGAAUCUUUUAAGGUGUGUGGAUGCCAAAGAAACUGAAAAGAUCAUGAAUGAAGUGCAUUCAGGA